UAAAAUAAAUAAAUAACCAGUAUACAUAUAGGCCUGCAUUAUGUAACAGUCCAACAGAAGUGAUAAACAGGGCAGAGGGUUUACAAUACCAUCUAUAGCGUAUUAAAUCAGCAUAAGUUUGGGAUAAAAUGUUCUUGUUUACCAUUACGCACUUAGGCAUAGUUAAAAGGUAAAUAUUCUCAACCAACAUAGAACAGGCCUUUCUGUUUACAAAGAGGUAAAAAGGCGGAAAUAAAAAGCAUCUGAACCGGUUUCCAUGUCAAACACUUCAAUUCUCCAUAGAAACUCUGAUCUUAACGCAGAAACUUUAUUAAACCUUGAUGGUGGAUUGAUAAGGCCGCAUUUCUAUCGGUUCCUUUUUAUGGAGACGGGGUGGGAUGACAGAGGUAAAUUGCUCUUUUAAUUAAACCAUUGCACCGAAGGAAAUUGCUGUCUGAAUAUUGUCUCAGAGAUGGGGCUUGUGACAGUUGCCUGGAAACAUUAAUCUGUCUCACAUUUAUUCCAGAUCACAGUUUUGAGAUAAAGUUUAAUAAAAAUCUUUGCGCCAAUGAAAGCCUACCCUUUCACGUCCACCACCAAGAUGCUACAGAACAGUGGAGGAAGCCUUGUGUUUAACAUGUAUCUCUCAGACCCCACAGAAAAUCUUCUUAAGGAAAGCAAAAGCCCUUCUUGGACUUCCAUCAACACAGGCGUGCAAAAAGGAAGUGGACAAAUCCAGCUUUGGCAAUUUCUUCUGGAGCUGCUGUCUGACAGCGCCAAUAUGACCUGCAUCAGCUGGGAGGGCACCAAUGGAGAAUUUAAACUGAUUGACCCGGACGAGGUGGCCAGACGGUGGGGGGAGCGCAAGAGUAAACUGAACAUGAACUAUGAUAAACUGAGCCGAGCUUUGCGCUAUUACUACGACAAAAACAUCAUGACCAAGGUGCACGGAAAGCGUUACGCUUACAAAUUUGACUUUAACGGCCUGGCGCAAGUGUGCCAGCCCUCCUCAACCGAACAAGCUAUUUACAAAUUCCAGAGUAACUUCGCUCCUAUCCAGUUUUCAGGCAUUUCCAAACUCAGUCUGAUUGCUCCAGGUGCUGGUCCGUCGGGGUUCUCAUACUGGCCCGGAUCUCCUCCAACCCUCUAUCACAGCCACAACCUGCAACCGCCAGGACCCUUCGGUGCCGUGUCUGCGUCGCAUUUAAGUUGCGUUAACAAUAUCAACAGUUUAAAUAACCUAAAUAGGCCUAAUAUCAAUAAUCACUAUAACUGAAUUGUUCUUUUCUUUCUUUUUUUUUUUUGCUGGAUAAUUUGGGAAUGACAUUUGGUGGAUUGUUAAUGUUCAUCACUUUAAGAAAGCAGUUUAGCGCUAUGGAAAACAAACACUAUCACUUUGUCACUGAUUGAUUCAUCAUUAAACUGGCAUGAACUGCAUUUUUUUAUUGUAUAGGCUAAUGUUCUCUGAGGUUCACGUAUAAGUGUGAUUUUAUAUCAAAAAACAUAAUUUAGAAGUAAUACUAUUUUCUAUCCUGUUUUUUUAGUCUCUCUCUGCAGAAAAGUCUGGAGCAGACAAUUCAUUAGUGGUAAAACAAGUUUACUCGCACUAUGCG